AAGUCGUAUUUCCGACAUGGCAGCACGAGUCUGGUCUGUUUGUCCUCCGAGCUGCUGUUGAAGACGUGUCUGUAGCCGCAGUGCUGAUGUGUGUGUCGUGUAUUCGUGUGUGUGUGUGUGGCAGCAGCUGCUAGCUAGCGUUAGCCUGGAGGAAGUGUGUUUGCUAAUUAGCCAGCUAGCUUUGGGCCGAAUCCCAAUUUUCCAUGAUUUGUUUUAACAUUGGGAUGAAAUGAGAGUGAAGGACCCUGUGUAGGGUGCCUAUCCACCACAUACAGGGGCAUUAGGACGGACUCAGCCUCCUGCGCUUUGCUCUAAUUCACCUGUCCAGAUGAAAUCACUCAAGCGAGGCAUCUUUCAGAGAAGUUAUGUAGAUUUAUGGAUUGUGCUGCUAGUUUGUAGGAUGGUGUAUUUUGUUUUUAAUAAUCUCUGACAAGUCAACGUGUCUGUGUGCCGCAGUGACGUCACACGGCGGCAUGAAUAUCUCUAACAUAACAGAUAUGUAGCUAUAUAGGGUUUAGUGUCAGGUCCUACAAUAUAAAGGUCCAUCUGUGGUCAACCCCAUUGAGUAAUAUUACAAGAGAGGGAGUGCUGUUGUACUGAAUAUCAGCAUGGCUGUGAUGCCCACGUAGGCUUGAUGGCGUAGGUAUCACAGGCGCAACGAUGACGUACAGCCGUGCUGAUAUUCAGUACGACCUUGUGUGUGAUGUUGCUUUCACCUGUAUGUGACACCAUUUCUACAAACCUCAUUUAUUAAUAACUGACCGUCGCCAGCUCUGCCAGUCACAGUUAGUUAGUCAGUUAGUUUCGCCAGUCACACUAGCUGGCGCCCGACAGUUAGGGUAAUUAACGGUGUUGAAGGUAGUUUUAAGUUCUUACUCUUACCAUGUGGGCCAAAAGGUAAGAAGAAUAAACGAUCAAAGUGUUGGACAGUCCUGAGAAACUUACAAGCGUUACAUUAUAUUUCCACUUAUUUUGCUUUAGAAUAUGGGCUAACGUUCGUGUUUCAGCGUUGAAUCCCAAAUAGUGUUAAAUUCCUUGUACAAAGUAGUGCCCUUGUUCAUGGGUUAGGGAGGAACUUUUCCUUGUGUUAGAAUAUUUGUAGCUCGUGUUAGCAGAACAACGCGGAUGGUUCAGCCUUACUGAAGAGAUUUAAGAUGACGUUAUCAGAUGUGCAUUUUUUGUAUGUAGGUUUUGGCAGGCAAGUGCUUUCACCUAUGUUGCGCUUGACAGUGUCAUUUGUGAUUGUUAGUAGAGAUUAGUAAAAGUCAAUUAGUUUAUCGCAGUUCAUUUGUGUGCCAAUACAUGUAUCGCUAAACUGACUCUAAAGUAUUUUUAAUUUUUUUUUUUAUUUAUAUACAUACUCCCUGGUCAUUUCCAUCCCUAAUGGUUAGAAGACUUUUGAUGCAGUGAUUCAUAUAGUAAAACAUCACAGGGCUGUUAUGCUCUAUAUCACCAUUCGUGGAUUAUCUCAAUCAUUCGAUCAGAUUACUUGGUCAGAACUAAAUGCUAGUUCAAACAUAAAAGUAGUGGAGAUGCUGGUGCAGACAUUAGACUAAGUUAGAAGCGUGGCAGAGAAGUGACCAGUCGUGUAAACAAUUCAUAACAUGUGGUGUAAGUAUGAUCCGUGUUGUGGACAACAACCAAGCCUGCUCUCUGUGAGGAAAUAUUGGCAAAUUAUUUGAAGGUCUUGUGUGCACUCAUCUAGCCAAGCUGCUUAAGCAUGUCCACAGAUGACAGCAUCUCGGAGGAUGUGUCUAGCUCCGUGGCACUGAGCCACGACCACACGAGUCCUAAUGGAGGGAAGGAGAGCGAGGCCUCUGUGGUCUCGUCCGCAGACACAGUGUCGGGUCUGGCUCUUCCCGAGGAGCCGGCUGUGAUAACUCGACCCUCCAGCACACCAGCAUGCACCAUUUCCAGCAAAAUAAGGAGUUUGUGUCUCAGUGGCGCUGAGGAGGCGUUCAGCUCAGGGAGAAACCUGCCCUUCAUCAACCCAAGUUCUUUAGAAACGCUCCGAGCGUUGUUGCACGAGAUCCAGACCAGCGAGACGGACCCUGAGAUCUGGAAGAACUGUGAGGGCAGAUGGCUACACCUCUUUCAGCUGGUGGAGAAGCAAUACCAAGAACAAAUUCUAGCUCAGCAAGACCAGUAUCAGUGCCAAAUACAGCUCAUUCAGGACGAGAUUAAAGCAUUAGUGCAGCUACAGAAUCGACAAAGCAGUGCACAGCCGAGCCCAUCAGGCACAGCCAAGAUUCUGGCUGUCCUGGAGAAUGAAACUGAGGCUUUCAGCCCAUCAAAGGUCACCUCUAACCCUCAAGAGAGCUCAGACGAGGGUCAGCUGACUGUCCAGAGCAGCGGCUAUGGCACCCUGUCCACCUGGGAACCUGGAACAACAACGGGGAGCCUGGAAGGAAAGGACGAGACGUGGCCCUCGCGAAAUAAACAGGACAGAGGCACUUCACACUCCCUCGUGUCGAAAAAGCAGGGACAGGACAGUAAAGCAAGCAGGAUCAUGGCUUCAAAUAAUUCACCUUUCUCAACUGUGCCAGUCCUUCCUUCUGACAAGCAGAGACCAAACAGCCAACCACUGACCUCCUGGACCCAGAGGCAGAAACAGAGGCAAAGAAAAAGCAAAACGGCAGAAACCCGCUCACCACAGAUAGAGCGGAGAGGAGAGGAUGGGUCAGGCGGCUCUACUAAAGAACAUAUGGAACAAGCGGAUGAAUUUGGACGUAGAGUCGCCCUGAAGAGAAGCGACAGCCUUGUGUCGGAAGCCUCGGGUCUGACCUACUGGAAGCUGGAAGAAGGCGAGCUCUACCGCCCUCUACCGGACAGCUUCGAGAACAACUCUUUCUAUCUAAUGCAGGAUGUUAACCUGAGCCAGCCUCAAGAAGAUGAGGCACGCAUGUCUCUGUCUCUCAGAGAGAUCUACCAGAACAAGCAGCAAAAGGUGGAGCCCAAAGGCCAGGAGUGGGACUCUUUAAUCAACUCUGAUGCUUCUUCACCUCAGGUGCUGACUCUGGAACCCGGAGUUCACACGAGGCAGUCAGAGCGCACGUCGGGCUUCACGUCUCCCUCACGCUUCAGCAGCCCCACUUCGCCCAUGUCCCACACCUCACACAUGGUUCCUCCUCGAGGUUAUAGUGACGACGAAGGCAGCCGCACAGCCACCAUGACACUGCAGGCCACGGGCUCGUCUCCACACGGGCCACGUCCAAACAGCAGGAAGCUGGAGGCUCCGGGUUCACUGGACGACCCUGUAGUACUCUCAUUGCUGAGACAGAACCUGAGGGAGAAACACGCACGACACAUAGCGGACCUUCGAGCAUACUACGAAUCAGAGAUAAGCGCCCUGAAAGAAAAGUUAGAUUUGGUCAAUUUACCAUUGGACAUGGAGAAAAGCAACCAGAUCCUGCUAGAACGGUGCGAACACUUGGAGCGGGCGCUUACAGAGGCGAGUAUGCGCAUCAGAGAACUGGAGAACAAGAACCACCACCUGGAGAGACAUCUGGCGGAGUGGCCUGAGCGCUACGAUGCUGCCAGUUCCACGGUGAAGGCCCUGCAGCAGCGUCUGGAGGAGAGCAAGCAAAGCAGCAGGGAAAAAGACAACACCGUAAACAAACUGAGGAGCCGCCUCCGGCAACUGGAGGAGGCCGUUCAGAACGCCUGCAAAGAGGUGGACGAAAAGGAGGCGUGCUUGAAGAAAGAGCACAAGAUGCUGCAGGAUCUGCUUCAGGAGUAUGACUCAUUAAGAAAAGAUCAUGAAGGAGUGAAGGACAAUUUGGUGUCAACGGAAAAUAAGCUCUUUGAUGCUAAUGAACAAAUAGCUGAACUAAAGAGGGUCAUUUCCAAACUGGAAGCACAAGUGAAGCAGCUGGAACAUGAGAACAUGGCUAAAACUCGUCAAGCUUUGCACAGCCACUUGCACCCUUCAGGAGCUGGCUUAUUCCUCCACCCUGAUCUUCUACUUUCACCAAGCAAAAGGCAGCGAGAUGCGGAAUGCUGCACAAACACUGCUGGCGUUUCAGAGAAAGGAGGAAUAGGAAGAGGCCGUCCUUCACCUCUGGAGAGAGAGCAGACACACGAGGAGCUGAUAAGAAACGACGUACCACUGACCCCCAUGAUGAAGGCUCUGAUUCAGAUGGAGGACACCAAAGCCACAGAGGGACGAGCUCUGUCGAAAACCCUCUGCAGCUCUCCGAGGUUAGGAAGCAAGAGACCCUCGGUUGCAUUUGUGGACAGUGUAAGAGAAUCUUUCCAGGAAAGAGGUGAAGCUGUGCUUCAACCUCAGAGAAGUCUUUCUCCAGAAGGCCAUCGCUCUUCUUCUCUUCCCCCCAGAGCACAAAGAGCGGGUCCUCCUUCCACACCGACGAAGAGAGAAACUCUACUUUAUCCGCUUUCUGCAAAGUCCAGUCCCAAGAGAUGCCCGACAGAGAAUGUAUCCACUGUGUUCGGUCGUCCUGUUCAUUACCAACAGCACCUGCAUAACCGGUUUGAUUUUCACUUUGAUCAAACGGGUUCCAACUCAUCGCUGCCGUCACGGCGCAACUCCAGAACGAGACUGCAGUUCAUGUCAGAAGUUAUACCUCAGACCAGUUCAGCGUCGGCACAGCGUAUAGGGAGCAGCGAAUCUGAGGAGCAAGAGGUUACAGACUUAGACCUGCUGGUCCAUGACCACGAGGACGAACCCAUCCUCCCUCGGGUUCAGUCUCUAGCCGACGCCGAGAAGCUGUUCGACGAGCUCACGCAGGAGAAACAGCAGAUCGAGGCAGCACUCAAUCGCAUUCCCGGGGCUGGAGCCAGGGUCACCUUGCAGACCAAGCUGGAUCAGGCGUCGUUAGAGAACCGUUUGGAAAAAGUGAACCGUGAUCUGGGAUCCAUCCGCAUGACUCUGAAACGAUUCCACGUCCUUCGCUCCUCUGCCAACAUGUAAAGAAGUAGUGGCUUUCCUCUUCUAAGAAUUGUAAAAGGUUUUUGACUGGGACACAGGACACUUCCAAUGUACAAAGUUCAACGUUCACCGUUUGUACUUUUGUCAUAGUAGGAUAUUUUUUAUGUUUAUAUGAUUAGUUUUAAUAUGCAGUACAGAAACUGAUUUUUAAAGUAUAUUUUAAUACAUGGAUUUGUAAAAAAAAAAAAAAAAUUACUUUUUUACAUCAUGGAAGUGUGUUGUAUGCUUGACUCAUUCAGGGUUAUAUGUAUUUUUUUUCUUCAUUUUUGCUGCUGAAACAAUGAAUGGCAAAAAAUGUUUAGAAGAACAGGACAUUUACAGUGUUCCUUUUUUAUUUUUUGAUUCCAUCAGUUCAAUCAUUUGUUUUUUUUUAAAUUCCAGUUGUACUUGAAUUUUAUUUAUUAAUUUUUAUCCAACAGGUUUUAUAUUUUUAUUUUUUUCACAUGAGCCAUUUUUUAUUCCCAUUUUUUAUUACUGUGUCACCUGUGAAUAUUUUAUAAUGCAUCAGAUAGCUUUUAGUUACCUUUACAUGUCAUUACAAGAUGGAUCGACCAACAUUUUCACACACACAUCUGUGGUUUUAUAUUGAUACAUCUCUUUUAGACAUUCCACACAUUACUUUUAUUACCUCUUUCUAAACAACAUCGAUAGUUUAUGCACUCUUGUACAAGGCAGAGCUUUGCCACUUUAAGGUCUUUGUGCCAAUUUAAACAGAAUGCCUUUAUAAUGCAUGGAAAAUUAAAGAUUUACAAUAAUUCAGUUUAGUUCUCAUGAAUUAGGCUGUUUCGUUCCCUGUAGAUCGCUAGAUCGCUAUUUACUCUUGCACCAAGCACCUCAAUAAAUAUAUUUUAAAAUGCAAAACUUGACUGUUUCAGAAAUCCCGUUGUUACACUUCUGUGUUAGAAUGUUGCCGAUUGAGCCAUUGUUUACGUCCUUGAGCGUUAUCCUUAAUACUCCUCUACUCAGCUCUGUUAAUGGAUUGUAUUGAGUUCUAAGAUGCACAGCUUACCCCAAAUUAAUAAAUGUAAAUGCUUUGUGUUGGUCGUUACACUGCCAAGGUGAUUUGUGAGACUCUUAGUAAUGGGAUUUAAAAAUACUUUUAUUGACCUACAAAUAAAGUAUUAAAAUGG